AUGCCUCGUGCCCUCACAGUGAAGAAGAUCGAGGGGGGCAAGCCGGGGCAGGUCUACUAUCCCCUCCGACUAGUAGAUGUCCCCAAGCCCAGCCCCGGCCCCAAUGAGCUCCUGGUGCGCAUCUCGGCCGCGGCCCUCAACCACCGCGACCUGUUCAUCCGGCAGCACCUGUACCCGGGCAUCUCAUUCGAGCACCCCCUGCUCGCCGACGGGUACGGCACCGUCAUCGAGGUCGGCCCCGGCAGCAGCACGGCGGCCCAGUCCCUCCUCCACAGGGCGGUGCUGCUGACGCCGGCGCGCGGCUGGGAGGAGGACCCGGACGGGCCCGAGGACGCCGGGCGGUACAGCGUCAUCGGCGGGACGGCCAUGUGCGACGUGGGCACGGCGCAGGACUACGUGGUCGUCCCCGAGGACGAGGUCGUGCCCGCGCCCGAGCACCUGCUCCCCGCCGAGGCGGCCGCCCUGCCCCUGGUGGGGCUGACCGGGUGGCGGGCGCUGGUGAGCAAGAGCGGCGCCGCCGCGCCGGGCCGCAACGUGCUCGUCACGGGCGUCGGCGGCGGCGUCGCGCUGCAGGUGCUGCAGUUCGCUGUCGCGUUCAGGUGCAACGUCUUCGUCACGUCGGGCGACAAGGCCAAGAUCGCGAGGGCCGUCGAGAUGGGCGCCAGGGGCGGCGUGUCGUACAGGGCUAAGGAUUGGGAUAGGCAGUUGCAGGCGAUUCUUCCCUCGGACCGGCCGUUCCUCGAUGCCGUUAUCGACGGCGCCGGGGGCGAUGUGGUAUCCAAGACCGUUAAGCUUCUCAAGCCGGGCGGUGUCAUCUCGAUCUAUGGCAUGACCGUCGGCCCCAAGAUGGACUGGACAAUGCAGGCCGUCUUGAAGAAUAUCGAUCUGAGGGGCUGCACGAUGGGCUCGAAGAGGGAGUUUCGAGACAUGGUUGACUUCGUCAGGGAGAAGAAGAUCCGGCCCGUGGUGAGCAGGGUGGUCAAGGGGUUGGGUAACCUAGAGGGCAUCGAUGGACUUUUCGAGGAGAUGAAGGCGGGCAAGCAGUUCGGGAAGCUGGUGAUUGAGAUCUCACCCGAGGGCAGCGAGUCGCCCUCAAAGUUGUAAUUUAUACCUGGAGAGCCUCUGUAUAUAUGAUAUGGGACAAAAGCACGCACUUGCACGUAACACUUGGGAGGCUUCGGAACCAG